AUGAACAACCCAUCAACCUAUGCUGAAUCUGAAAUUCAAUUUAUCCAGAGAAUUAUCAAAGAGAUAUUAGGUACUGAAUUGAAUCGCACUCAGUUAUUUGUUACUAAACAUCCAGUUGGAAUAGAUUCUCGUGUGGAUGCUAUAGAAUUGCUUCUAGAUAUGAAGUCAAACGAUGUUCGCAUGGUAGGGAUUCAUGGUCUUGGAGGAGUAGGUAAGACUACAAUUGCAAAGGCUAUUUAUAACAAAAUCGCUAAUUGUUUUGAAUUGAGUUGCUUUCUAGAGGAUGUCAGAGAAAAGUGUGGAACAUAUGAUGGCAUAAUCAAACUACAAGAGAUGCUUCUUUCUAACAUAUCACAGGGCACAUAUGUAAAGGUAGACAGUGUACCGAAAGGAAUUAUUAUGAUAAAGAAAAGGCUUUGUCGUACAAGACUUCUUUUAAUUCUUGACAAUGUCGAUGAGUCAGAAAUGAUAGUAAAUUUGCUUGGAGAAUGUAAUUGGUUUGCUUUAGGAAGUAGAGUCAUUAUAACAACAAGAGACAAACAAGUGCUAACCACUCUUGGAAAAGAUCAUCAAAUUUAUGAGCUUAAGGAAUUGAAUCAAUCUGAAUCUCCUGAACUCUUCAACCUAUAUGCCUUCCAAAAAAUUGAACCUGAGAAAGAUUAUUUAGAAGUUGCAAAGCAAAUCAUACAUUACGCCAAUGGCCUUCCAUUAGCUCUUAAAAUAAUAGGUUCUGAUUUGUGUGGAAAAAGUGUAUGUGAAUGGAAAAGUGCGUUAGAAAAGUAUAAAAACAUCUCUCACGAAAAAAUUCAAGAAAAGCUCAAAAUAAGUUAUGACGGACUUGGAAAGACUGAAAAGGAUAUUUUUCUAGAUAUUGCAUGUUUCUUUAAGGGAUUCAAUAGGAGUUAUGUAGAGAGUAUAUUAGAAGCUUGCAAAUUAUAUCCGGGUUAUGGAAUUGGAAAACUUAUUGAUAAGUGUCUCAUAACUGUUGGUCAAUCUGGAAAUUUGUGGAUGCAUGACUUGCUUCAACAAAUGGGGAGAGAAAUUGUUCAACAAGAAUCAGAAGAGCUUGGAAAACAUAGUAGGGUAUGGUGUUUUGAGGAUGCUUAUGAAAUACUGACUACAAAUAUGGUAUAA